ACCAGCUCUGUUUAGGUCACGUGUAGCCGGCGCAGGGCAGCAUGGCGGAGGGUUCUAGAAAACCGCAGCCUGGCAAUGGCAAGAAUCGUGCACGGGAAACCAAGCCUGUGGAUGAAUCCGAGCUGCUCACCGUUCCUGAUGGCUGGAAAGAAGAGCCGUUCACUAAAGACGACAACCCAAAGGGGCUGCUGGAGGAGAGCAGCUUUGCCACCUUGUUCCCCAAAUACAGAGAAGCUUACCUCAAAGAGUGUUGGCCCCUAGUUCAGAAGGCGCUAAAUGAGUAUUUUGUGAAAGCAGAAUUAGAUUUAAUUGAAGGCAGCAUGACUGUUAGCACUACUAAGAAGACGUAUGAUCCUUAUAUUAUUAUAAGAGCAAGAGACUUGAUAAAAAUGCUAGCCAGAAGUGUGCCCUUUGAGCAGGCUGUGAGAAUCCUCCAGGAUGACAUGGCCUGUGACAUAAUUAAAAUUGGAACAUUGGUCCGAAACAGGGAGAGACUUAUAAAGAGGAGACAGCGGCUUCUGGGACCGAACGGAUCAACUCUGAAGGCUCUGGAGCUGCUUACCAACUGUUACAUAAUGGUCCAGGGGAACACCGUGUCUGCUCUGGGGCCCUUCAGUGGCCUUAAAGAGGUCAGGAAAGUUGUUCUGGACACAAUAAAGAACGUUCAUCCCAUUUAUAACAUAAAGGCUCUAAUGAUCAAACGAGAGCUAGCUAAAGAUCCAGAAUUGAGGACAAAAAGUUGGGACAGGUUUCUACCAAAGUUCAAGCACAAGAAUGUGAGCAAGAGGAAAGAACCAAGGAAGAAAAGGAUAAAGAAAGAGUAUACACCGUUCCCACCUCCUCAGCCUGACAGCAAGAUUGACAAAGAAAUCGAAAGUGGUGAAUAUUUCUUGAGAAAAAGCCAAAAGAGGAAGAAGAAACUGGAUGAUAUAAGGACGAAACAAGCUGAAGCAGUGUCAAGGAGGCAAGAAGAGAGAAACAAAGCAUUUAUCCCUCCUGAGGAAAAACCUGUCCAAGAACCGAAGGAAGUUGCUGCUUCCACAAAGAUUGAUGUGAAUGCCAUUAAAGAAAAGGUUAAGAAAGCUAAAAGCAAGAAACUUGGUGCCCUCCCUGAGGAAGUAAAACAGAGGCUGCUGGAUGCCGACAAGAAAAAGACGAAAAAGAAGAAAUGAAAGUAUCAUCUUGGGUCUUUGAACUCUGCAAUCUGAUUCAUUUUCUUCCUAGGUGGAAGAUUUUUUUAUUUUUGUCCCUAAUCAAAUCAAUUUCUUCAAAGAAGAUGGAAGACUCCCAGGACUCUGUAUUACCUUGUGUUGCACCUGUCAUGUUUGUACAGUUAUUUGUAAUACUGUGAACUUUUCAACCACAUCAUAUUUGUCUUUGAUCUAGAUCCUAUUUGUAAAGGUUAUAGCAGGAAAACUGUUCCAGGUGUACCAGUCUCAGUUUUAUACCAGAUGUGUAAUUAAAGGGUAUGUCUGUGUUUUGAGCACCUUUUACAGGUUAUUUACAGUAUACACAUAAUAUAUCAUGAAAUUAUUAGUAUAGUAACUACAUUGCUUUACUUUUCCUGUAAAGAACCUGAGUUACAGCCUGUAUUUAGCUUUGCAUUCACAAUUUUGCUCAAUGUUGUUGAAGGCCAACAGGCAUUAAAAAGGUAUUCUGGUUGGAACAAUUUCUCCUUUCCACUGGAUAGGAGAUAACUGUUAGAAUGUUGGGGCCCGACUACUGGGACCCCCACUGAUCUAUAAGAAAUGGGAGACCAGUGUAUCCUAUCUUGAAUGGAUCUCUGUUUGAGGAGGCGCAGGACUGCUCUUUUCAAAGUUUAUGGGACAGCUAGCGAUAGCCGAGCACAGUGCUCGGCUAUCUCAAUCAGUCCCAUAGACUUUUAAAUGAGCAGGUCUUCACAUGUUGGCCCAGCUCUAGAUGUAGACAAUGGGUACAUGCGUCUACUGUUCUUGUGUUGGGUGUUCCAGCAGUUGGACAGGUAACUCUUUGUAUCCCUAUGAAUAAAGUAUAACUCCCAAGGAAAGCUAAGAACCAUCUCGCUAAUGCCACAUUAUGGAAUGUGGGCAGCUCUGUCCGUAGGAAAUGGCCUUUUCUAACAGGAAUACCCGUUUAACAACCAAAUACAAUUGUCACUGCACAUUGAGACGGCAAGGAAUGCUUUGAGACUUGAUCUCUGAAACCUAUAGAUCUGUGAUUGGAGCUCUGGACCACAAUGCUAGCUGUAACUAAGGAUCAAGAAGGAAAAAUAAAGCACUGUAUGUACACAUUCUACUUGUCUUAAGUAAUUUCUGUAUGUAAGCUAUGAAAAAAGUCUAAGGAUACCAGGGACAGCUAUUUCUGUAUGCUUGUUUAUAUAGCCAUGGCUGUCAGGCAGUCUUAGAAAUGGAUAUUCACGCAUCCAAAAAUAGAAUAAAACUUGACAUUUACAUAUAGUUAUAAUAACAUGGUUAAAAAACAAACCUUGCCUUAGGGUGCAUUCAAAAGAAACCUUAAAAACAGCAGGUUUUGAAAGGAUUUUUUAUUUUUUUUCCACAAGUGCUCGUUAAUGAAUUUAAUAGGAAAUGCCUCUUCUUUUUUUUUUUUUUUGGGUUGGUGUUCAGGAACCUUAAAAAAAAAAAAAACCUGCCUGUGUCAGUCUGAGCUCUGGUCAAUUGACAUUGAUAACAAUAGAAAAAUGAGCGAGCACUCAUACACUUGGCAACCAAAUUGACAUAUGCAGAAAAUAUUUAUUAUUAAAUCCCCAUAAAAUUCACGUAAUAAAAACAGUGUAUUAUAGCAAUGACAUACAAAAACUACAAUCACAUAAACGAUAGUGGAUAUAAUAGUAUAGUCGAUAUUGUAUUGAAUGAUAAAAUAUUCGAUACUGAUCUAUAGUCGAUUAAAUUCACUGAUAUAAAUCACACACCAAAAACUUCAAGUAUUGUCCAGGUCUUAUAUAUGCUGUUAUUGUGAAGGGGGCGGUAUUUCCUCUGUGACUCUAUCCCAGAUUGGGAAAAUGAGUGUCACUUUAAAUAUUGUAGGUGUAUUUCCCCUGGGAAUGUUAUGUAUUCAUAAAAUGUCCACAGGAAUCCUGAUAAUGUUGGAAUAAAAAGUCUCUUAUGGUAUUUCCUUUUAAAGUCAAGGUAAACUUUAAAUCGGUAUUUGGCUUACCGUCUGGUGUCUGCUGUCUCCCUGUUGCUUGAGUGGAGCUUUAAAUGUCUGCCGGCUUAUUUGAUCGCUCCUUCCAGCAAGCUGGUUCAAAUUUCGCGGGAGUUCCAAAGGUCGCGGCAGUUGACACUCUGUGCCGCAAUUUCCUUUGGUACAGAUUUUCGACGAUAAAAGUAGUUAUUCCUUUACUGUAUAAAAAAAAUUUCUUUCUCUGUAUGGCCAUACAGUUUUAUCGGAGGCUUCUCAAUACAGGUACAUCACUUGUUUCACCAUAUGCGUUUCGGGUAGACUCGCUCUCCCUUCCUCAGUGGUCAAGUGUCUGCCUGCCUGGCCUCCAUUUUUAUCCAUUCCUUAAUUACUUCCCAACUCUCAAACACCUGCUGUUCAUGCUGUUCCCAAUUGGUCAGUAAAUCCUCCCGCAUAAUCAGGGGAUAAUUCUAUACAGCAUUGAAGAAGAAAAAAAAAACUAUUUUUUUUUCCCCCUACUUGCAGUUUCCAUGCGUUUUUUGGCCCAGAUGUCCCAAUUGGUGUGAUAUACUGAUGUAUGAAAUAUAAACUUGAUAUCUAAUUGCUAACACUUAUAAAAUCACAUUUUAAUGAUAAAA